UAAAAAGUCUGCGUCUCAUUUCAAAAUUCAAAUCUAAAAAGGCUCUCUCUCUCUUUAUAUGCACCGUCCCUCUGCUAUGAAACUUCACUAUUCUUGAUGAUUCAAACGAGAAAUUGAGAAACUUGGCUCAUCGCUCUUCAAUCUCAACCAAGAAACUGGUCUUUCACAAUCCCUGCUUUUCUAAAAGAAAAUUUCAUCUUGCACCUAAUAUUUUACGCAAAUUACUCGUUUGUUUCACCCAUUUUGAAGAUUUGUGUGAAGAAAUUGCUCAAGGGAAAAAAAGAGAAGAAUUUUCCUCAAUUUUCUCCAGAGGAAAGGAAAUCUUACCAAAACUGCUCUGCCACCUCUCAAUUGUUCAGGCACAAGUUCUAUUGACAUGUCUAAUCUUCAGAAUGAUCCACUUCUGCAAGUGGAAACGACCUGUGGAUCCCUCCUUUACGAGUUGCAGAUCAUUUGGGAUGAGGUUGGGGAGUUAAAUACUGAUAGAGAUAGAAUACUGCUUGAGCUGGAACAAGAGUGUCUUGAAGUAUACAGAAGAAAGGUCGAUCAGGCAAACAGGAAUAGAGCUCAGCUAAGGCAAGCAAUUGCUGAUUCUGAAGCUGAACUUGCGGCUAUCUGUUCUGCUAUGGGAGAGCGACCUGUACAUAUUAGGCAGGCUGAACAAACUGCUGGAAGCUUGAAGGAAGAACUUCAAAGAAUCCUUCCACAACUUGAGGAGAUGCAGAAGAGGAAAUUGGACAGAAGAAAUCAGUUCCUUGAAGUUGUAGAGGAAAUACAAAAGAUCACAAAUGAGAUAUAUGGGUCUGCUGCUCGUAUAUUUGUUGAUGAAACUGAUCUGUCUUUGAGAAAACUUGAAGAGUUGCACAGACAGCUGCAUGCACUUCAAAAAGAGAAGAGUGACCGCUUGAAGCAGGUUCAGGAGCAUCUUGAUACUUUAAACUCACUUUGCUUAGUGCUUGGUAUGGAUUUCAAGCACACAUUUACAGAGGUUCAUCCAAGUUUUGGUGUUACUGAAGGAUCAAGGAACAUCAAUAAUGAUACAAUUCAGCAUUUGGCUACUGCAAUACUCAAAUUGAGAGAGAUUAAGAUACAAAGAAUGCAGAAGCUCCAAGAUCUUGCAACUACAAUGUUGGAGCUUUGGAAUUUGAUGGAUACUCCAAUUGAAGAGCAGCAAAUGUUCCAGAAUGUUACCUGUAACAUAGCUGCUUCAGAACAUGAAAUCACUGAGCCAAACACUCUAUCUGUGGACUUCAUCAAUUAUGUUGAGGCAGAAGUCUCUCGGUUGGAAGAGUUGAAAUCAAGCAAGAUGAAAGAUCUUGUUCUGAAGAAGAGAUCAGAGCUGGAAGAGAUCUGUAGAAAGACACAUAUUAUUCCAGAAGCAGAUACUGCAACAGAAUAUGCUAUAGAAGUCAUAGAAUCUGGAAAUGUGGACCCUGCUAGUGUCCUUGAGCAGAUUGAAUUUCAAAUAGGAAACGUUAAGGAAGAAGCUUUUAGCAGGAAGGAAAUCCUUGAAAAGGUUGAGAAAUGGCUGACUGCAUGUGAGGAGGAGUGCUGGCUUGAGGAGUACAACAAGGAUGAAAAUCGAUACAGUGCAGGGAGAGGAACUCAUCUUACCCUGAAGCGUGCUGAAAAAGCUCGUUCUUUGGUUAAUAAACUUCCAGGUAUGGUGGAGGCAUUGGCUUCAAAAACCAUGGCAUGGGAAAAGGAAAGAGGCGCUGAGUUCUUGUAUGAUGGUAUUCGCCUUCUUGCCAUGCUUGAAGAGUAUACCAUAUUACGCCAGGAGAAAGAGGAAGAAAGACGGAGGCAGAGGGAUCAGAAGAAAUUGCAGGGUCAGCUGAUAGCAGAGCAAGAGGCACUUUAUGGGUCAAAACCAAGCCCUUCAAAGACUCAAAGUGUGAAAAAAGCUCCUAGAGUUUCAACUGGAGGUGCAAGCAACAAAAGACUCUCCCUUGGAGGAGCAAUGCUGCACAAUCCUAAAUCUGAUAUAAUUCAAUCCAGCAAGGCUGCAUCCCAUUCACGUCCUGGCAAGAAAGUUGACCGAAUCCACCAACACGAUCCUUUAAAUCACCGGCAGGAUGAUGGCUUUGCAGCAUUGUCAGCUGGUAGGAGAGGGUUGGAUAUUGCUGGUCUUCCUGCAAAAAAAUUUUCCUUGAGAACUGUAAAUGCUCCUGAACCAGAGUCACCAAUGCGGCGGAAACCUUUCUCACCUAUUUCUUCCACAGGAUCGUCAAAAGCCAACAUCUUAGAUGAUGUGAUCACAGAACAUUCUGAGCCAUGUAAGAAGACACUAGCAACUAAUGAACUGUCCUUUACUGCUACCCCUUCGAGAACUUCUCUCGCAGAUGAAGAGAAUAGGACUCCUAAGGCAAUGCCAAUCCCUGUGCCAAAAACACCUUCAACAUUGUCUGUUCCAAUGCAGACGACUAUGACCCCAGCACCUCCAUCAGUUCCAUAUGGUGCUAGUCCAGCAGAAGAGGUUCCUGAAGUAAUCGAAUACUCAUUCGAGGAAAUAAGAGCUGGAUUUUUUCUUUCCAGAACUCAUAUUAAGUCGAUACAAGUUUGACACUGUUAAAGCUUGAGUGAAACUGAAUUGAACUGUUGUUAUUUUUUAUGUUUAAUUUUCUUAAUUCUUUUCUUCCCCAAUUUUGGGGGACUUGUUUUGGGAUAAGAAUUGUAAUUGGCUUUUACCAUAGUGUAUAUAGAUUGUUAGAUUCAAUUGAAUA